AUGAAAAGAAAGAGCGUAGCAGGCACAACGCAAUAUUGCUGUGAAAUUGACGGAUGCAAUAAGGUCUUCUCCCGUUCUGACCAUCUAGCGAGACAUAAACUAAACCACAACCCCGACACUUUUUAUAGUUGUAAGUGGGAAGGUUGUAAUAAGCAGUUUGUGAGGAAGGAUGUAAAAGAGAAACACGAAAAUAGACAUAUAAUUAAGAAUGAGAAACAGAAACAUAUCCAAGCGAAGAGGAAAUCUCAAGGACUGUCUUUGAAAUCGACGAAUUCUCCACUCGAAAAUAUUUCAAAUACAGAUUUCAGCGAUAGAAAUAUUCCGGAAAAUAAAUCGGACAAUAUGUCGCCAAAUAAAAUUAGAAGAAGACUGACUUCAUUCCAUUUGAAUAAUGAUGAGUAUACUUACAAUAAUGGGUUCAUGGGUAAUGGGGUGGACAGUCAAAUGGCAAACACUCCGGAUUUGUGUAGAGAUUUGGAAGUGCUAAAUAAUGACUCAAUGAAUUACAUGCCGGAGAAGAAUCUCUUGCCUACAGACUUAACUCAAUGGCUUUUUAAGGACGAUGCAUUUUUAAACAAUACUGGUGAGCUUAGUCCCAAUUUCAUUUUCAAUGGUGUUGACAAUUAUUCUAGUUCUCUUUCAAUGGAUGCGUUUGCUAUUUCGCCAAAAUUUCCACACCCAAACUUUCAAACAUAUGUUGAUGAUCAAAUAAUACUGAAAUUAACCUUAUUGAUACCUUCUUUGUCUAACAAUAUGGAUUUUGGGGCUGUUCAAAUAGAAAGAAGUUUAGAAAUUUAUUGGUCAAUAUUCCAUGUACAAUAUCCAAUAUUACAUAGGCCAUCGUUUUAUACUCCUGAAGUCCAUCCAUUACUAUUAUUAAGUAUCAUUAUGAUUGGAGCGGGCUUAUCGUACCAUACUGGUCAAGACGAGUCACAAAUAUUUAAGGAUGCUCAUUGCUUAGCAGACACCAUCGCAGAACCAUUAAGAUGGUUGAUUUGCUCAUCUGAUGAGUUCACUUCCCCUGCAAAAUCGUGGAUUAUUCAAAGCUUAAUUAUUUUAGAAAGUUACGAGUUUUCAUGUUCUAAUAGAAAACUACACGAAAGAGCUUAUUUACAUCAUGGACUUAAAAUUCAAUUAUUAAGAAGAAGUCCAUUAUUAGGGGGUGAUCCUCUAAACAAAUCUAAUGAAGACAACGAGUUGACUGAAGAACAAGAUCUUUGGAAAAAAUGGAUCGAAAUUGAAUCCUUAAAGAGGGCUGCAUUAGUUUCAUUUUAUAUAGAUACUAUUCGUGCAACGAUAUUUGGCCAUGAAAUAAUUUUAUUCGCUCAUCAAAUUAAGCUAUCAUUACCAUGUGACGACAUGCUUUGGGAAAUGUCGAGUAUUGAUAAGAAUAAUCUCCCUCCCCAGACAGAAACACCUAAAUUUAUUACUGCUUUAACCAAAUUAUUACGGAAGGAAAAAUUCGAGGCCCCAUCAUUAAGUAGAAAAAUUUUAUUAGCUGGAUUAUUAACAAUUAAUUACCAGAUGGAGCAGAAGGAUCUACAGGUCUCAUUUUUAGGUUGGGAAUCUGUCAAGGAAACAUGGAAAGAAACGAUAUAUAUGGCAAUUGAAGAAUGGAGGGAAGCAAUUUGCAAUGGUAGUUGUCGGGAUACUAAGACGGCAUUUUAUUUGCCUUUCAGUAAUGAUGGGACUCAUCCUUUAUCAUCAAGAAUCAAUGAUACGCAAUGUAAGUUUCCGAUUUAUCAUAUUGGACAGGCAUUAAUGAAAAUAAACCAAUAUGAUUGUAUUAUAUAUGCUGGAGCACCUAGUCGGAUGAAUGUUAAAACUGCAGAAAGAGAUUAUACAGCUGUUGAACAGCGUAUUAAGGUAUGGGCAAAUUCACUCGCUGGAAGGUUAUCCGUCGUUGAUUGUUAUCUUUUUUUAUAUGAAAUGUUAUUUGCAGGGGAUAAUGAUGAUAUGCAACUCUUUUAUGAUCCUUCGCGAGACCCCAUAUUUUAUAGGCCAAAUAUUGUCGCUACAUCGUUAUUCGUUGUGUGGGCAUUUAAUUUUUCCUUGCAAGGACCCGAAUCGUCUGCAUAUUCAAAUAAUGAAAUUCAAACGUCUUAUUUAGACGCUAACCCGGUAAAUCUAUCUGAAGAUGGCCAUUCUUAUAUUAAAAGAAUUUGUGAAACACUCAAGAAUAAGAAUAAUGAUAAUAAAUUAUUUAACGAACAUAAAAAGAUGUAUGCUAAUAGCUUGAAUGAAAUUCCCAACAAACAUAAGUUAGUUGGACUCUUAAGACUAUUCAAGGAUAGAUAUAUAAACUGCAAUUCUAGUAUAUGCCGAGAGUACUCAGAUCUUUUGGAGAAUUGUAUACAACGGAGUUUAGGGAGAAAAAGACAAUAUUAA